GUGACAUCCUCCUCUCCGGUUAGAAGAGAGAAGGAUGGAGAGAGAACAGAGAGAACAAUAAAAAUGAAAGGAUUGGCUCUCGGAUUGGUUUCAUAAAUGAUGCAGAGGAAUAACAGAAGACUGAAAUGAGAUUAUAAGGAUUUUUUUUUUGUAAGGGUUUUUUUUGUCCAUUUCGGUGUGCGUUUAUCUGCCAUGGUGGACUCGGUGGCGGAGAUCAGGCCGCUGGAGCGCUACGAGCCGAGCCGAGCCAGAAGCAGCGCCAGUGUCCGCUGGCUCCUCAGCAGGGCGUUCGGCUCCUCAGAUGAUGUUCCAGCAGAUCUGAGGGAAUCUGUACCCGGUGAUCAGGAUGGUGAUGCAGUGGGCGUGGCUCUGGAGCGCCUCCUGCUGUCCUGUGAGCUGUACUCUCGCGCAUAUCAGUCUCUCCUGCAGCGACACACACACUCGCACACACACUCACACACACACACGCACAGAGACCUGCUGCAGCUCCUCCAGCAACACAGCGUGCCACCAACACACACUCACACACACACACCGGUCACGGACACCGAGCUGACGAGCAAACCCAUCAACAUGGGAGCUCAUUUGGCCCUGAUAGAUUCCCUGAUGUCACUGGCUGCCAUGGAGACGGUAGGCAUGGUCAAGAUGGCCAAGGAGGCGGAGCAGUUUGGAGAUGGAGCCAGCUGGGAAAACUCCCUCCUGUUCUGGAUCAACAAGUUGAUUCAGAAGUUGAGAGAGAGCACAGAGUCAGAGGACGGCCAGAAGACACAGCGCAGCACUGAUCUCCAACCUCUUCAACCGUCUUGUCCAUCACGCUGGUACUGGAAGCUGGUUCCACAUGCCAUCGCUUUUUGUUUGAAGGAGUCGGGGAAAAAACCUCCUGUGAUCCGCUACAGAAAGGACAAGGUGCGGUCUAAACAGACUCCCACCUUUACAGUUGUGUCCGGAGUGAAAGAUCUGUCCAACGGCUGUGCCAUCGCUGCCACCAUACACUUCUAUUGCCCCCAGAUUUUGCCCCUAGAGGAGGUUUGUUUGAAGGACACCAUGUCAGUAGCAGACAGCUUGUAUAAUCUGCAGUUGAUCAGAGAGUUUUGCAAUGACCAUCUGCAUGGCUGCUGCCCCCUAGUGUUGGAGGACCUACUGUACGCCCCGCCCAUAUUACGGGUAAAUAUCAUGUGUUUCCUGGCUGAGCUAUUGGCUGUGUUUGAAGUGCAGAAACCUGAUAUCAUCAAGCCAGUGCACACCUUGGACCUGACAGAUGCCUCUGGUUUAGAGGACUGCACCAGCCCUAUCAGCGGUAACAGUGGAUCGCCAUUUCUGCUUAAACAACCCUUCUUGUCAUUGUCAUCCCCUGUAUCUUCUGGUGGAGGAACAGAGGGCCGGGGCUGGAGUAAAAAACAGAUCAGUCGUCCUCUCUCUGCUGUGGCUUUUAGCAUUCCUUUUCCUCUGGACAGUGACGUGGAUGUCGUCAUGGGCAAUCCUCUGUUCCGCUCAGUUAGCACUGACAGCCUCACCAUGGCAACAAACCCUACUUUGUACAGUCCUCCUGAGGAUCUGAGUAAGCUGAUUGGUCAGGCUCCACUGGGGGAGUUGCCUGCCAUUGAGGAGGCACUGCAAGUCAUUCACUCAGUGCAGAAUGAACCAAGACAGCGUCCAGAGGGGGCACCAGCAGGUUUUUUCCUCCACUCUCCCGAUAAUGAUAAGACCAGACUAAGCAGCUCUGCCCCAUGCCGUUCUGGGAUGAUGUACAGACCAAUUGGCGGGGAAGGAAUUAGUGCCAGAAGGCCAACAGGUUGUUCCAGAGAUUCUGACACAUCAGAAGACCCCGGAACGCCCACCAAUGGACCAAGAGGAGGCCAAAUGACAAGUUUUGCUGAGCGCAGAAAAAGGCUUCCAGAGUCUCCAGGGACUUCCAGGGUUCUGGGAUCAGAGGAGCCUUCAAGCCCCGGGAUGAUGAGCCCUGCUGGCACAGCAGAGGCUCAGGAGCUAGGUGCACAAUUGGAGGAAAAACGCAAAGCCAUUGAAGCACAGAAGAGACGGAUCGAGGCGAUCUUUACCAAGCACAGACAGAGACUCGGCAAGAGCGCCUUCCUCCAACUGCAACGGGCACAAGGGGAAGGAGGAAAUGUCAAAGAGGAGGCAGAUUCACUUAGUCUAGAUGAAAGGCUGACUCGAAUGGAGGAAGCACUGCAGAAGGAAGAAGAGCAGGAGAAAGAGGAGGAAAAGAGAAAGAAAGACAAGAAAAAAGAGGAGGAAAUGGAAGAAAAGGAUGGGGAACAAGAUGUCAAAGCACCGCCCAAACUGGAGAAGCAGGUGACAUUCUCAGUGGAGCCAAAGAAGGUGCCAGAGAAAGAGCCGCCACUGGUCGAAUAUAAUGAGGCAGUGUCCAAGCUAACCACUGCCUUGCAGGCACUACAGAAGGACAUGCAGCGUCUCACAGAACAGCAGCAGAAGCUGAUGGGAAAGAAAACAUCCGCACCUUCAUCAUCUAAAUCCACUCCAUCUAAAACGACCCCAUCUCCAAGCAAAGCAUGGGCCAUACCAGCAAGUCCAAAAAUCUCAGCCACGCCCCCUCGUCUCUCACGUGAGUCCACCCGUGACCUUUCACCUUCAGGGUCACCAUCACGUCAAAGUGACCUUAAAUCACCCAAAACAUCCAAAACCUCCACUCGCAAGGUUUAUAACAAUUCCCCCCCUCCUAAGAGCCCCAAAAGGCAGCACUCCAGCCGUCCCUGUGACCUCAGUUUCCAGCCCCUCACCCGUGUCCUCUCACCUCUCCAGAACGUCGACACGCUACCCCACCUUCGCCGUGUCUCUCCUAGCCAGUGUCAGGUGCAGACCAAUUCCUCCCUUCGAAUUGGAGGUCCACGCACACCCCAGGAGCCUGACACUCAACUCCAACCGCAAUCAGCCCAAGAAAGUGCAGAGUCUGAGUCCGGGUCCAGCGACGAGCACACUCCACUGUUCAACCUGGAACUGGAGCCCACUGACCCUGCACCGCCCCCUGCUGUGGAGUGUGCUGUGAGCACCUGCGGCGGCAGUAGCUCUGGAGCGCCCUCCGAGUGCUCAUUUCUCAGUGACGUGCUCAUCAGCGCCUCUCAGAGGCAGGAGGAGGGAGAGACAGAUCAGGAACAGCUCGACAUCUUCUCCUCCGACUCCAUGAGUGACCACACGGAGACGGAGAGCAGAGCAGGGGUCAGCUUCUACUUUAAGGAGGAGGGUCUAUCCGAGGAGGAGAUGGCUCUGAAGAGAGCGCUGCUGCUAGAGCGACAGCAGAGACGAGCAGAAGAGCUUAAGAGACGGAGAGAGAGACAAGAACAGGAGAACCCAAGCCAUCUGCUUUCUACAGACAGUCUCCUCCCCUCUGGGACUCCGCCCCUUUCCCAGUCUCUGCCUACCACAUAUGCCCCUCCCCUGCCACCCCAGACUGCACAGGCCCCUAGGACACCUCAGGCCACGCCCCCCGGGACACCACAAAGGCGUGGCGGAUUCACAAAGGCAGAGUACGAGAGACGGCAGCAGCUGAAGAUAAUGGCUGACCUGGAGAGAGUGCUGAAGCAGAAACCAGCACAGCGCAGCAACAAGAAACAACACACACACUCACCACGCAAGGAGAAAAAAGUAGAACAGCAGAACUUUGUCCAGCCCAACGGCCCCCUGCCUCCAGACAAACCCACCAGCACCUCUGACUCCGUGUCUAAAUUGAUGUCACCUGGCCGUCUGGCCAAUCAGAAUGGAGAGAAGGACUGGGAAAAUGGCUCUAAUGCUUCUUCUCCAGCAUCAGUCACAGAAUAUACUGGACCCAAACUGUUCAAAGAGCCAAGUUUCAAAUCCAACAAGUUCAUCAUCCACAAUGCUCUCUCACGCUGCUGCCUCGCAGGAAAGGUCAACGAGAGUCAGAAGAACAAGAUUGUUGAGGAAAUGGAGAAAAGCUCGGCCAACCACUUCCUCAUCCUCCUUCGUGACUCCAACUGUCAGUUCCGCGCUGUCUACACAUUGGAUGGCCAGUCGGAUGAGAUGCAGAGGCUGUGUGGCGUCGGCCCACGAGCAAUUCCCUGCUCUUCAGUGGAGGCUAUUUACAAGUACAACUCAGACAGGAAGCAGUUCAGCGCUCUGCCGUCUCGCACCGUGAGCAUGAGUGUGGAUGCCUUCACUAUUCCUGCCCACUUAUGGCAAACCAAGAAACAAAGCACACCCAAAAAAACAGCCACUCCUAAGUAGGAAGAAGAUGCCUUUACAGCAGGAGACUACUUGGUCUUGGGGUUCUCUUUAAUGGACUGCUCUGGUUCUACCAUUCCUGGACUGUUACGGAGUACCAAUCUGUGUGACAAUUUAUCCCAAAAUGUUAGUGGCUAACAAUGAGCUAUGAACAGUAACGAACCAGAAUUUUGGCUGCUGGAGCUUUUAUCGUCUAACGUGUUUGGGUGAAGUGUUGCGUGAACCUCAUCCACACCAUAAAGUGGGGGAAAAAAAACAAGGAAAAUUAUGACAAGAACCAUUUUCUCACCUUCUGACAAAUCAGACAAAUCAUUAUGGUAUUCCUUAAGAAAUACAAAUCUUCCCUAAUUGCAUGUAAAUGAUAAGAAGCACGAGUCAUAGCACCCGAGCACUUAUAAAGAGCCAGACUAGUUCUGGUUUUUUGAGAUUUUUCAGAGUUUUGGCUGAUAAUUAAAAAAAAAAUUGCUGCUAAUACUCUCCAAACACUCACAUUUGGCCUUAAAUUCAGUCGUUGAUUGGACAAGAGACUUUAGGAUUUUGGUGCCAAUUUGUUAGAAAAGUGAUAUAAUAAUUGAUAAUUAUGGAUUUUAAGACAACGAUUGCAUGGUGAUUGACUUGUAGAGGCUUGUACUCAGGAAACUGAUGCACAAAAUCAGAUUCCUCACACAUUUAUAAUUAUCUAAGUCAUGAAAACUGAUCUGAGGUCUGCACUCCGAGUUUAAAAUGUUUUAUGUUUGUUGUGAAUGUAUAUAUACUUGUUUUGGACAUUUUUUUUAAACUCCUGGUUAGACUGGAAGAGUUUAAAAUCUCGAGUAAUUGAAUAUGUUUGUUCAUUUAUCCUCUGAUGAACUUGUGGGAACUUUUUUUAACCAUCAAACAUCAAAACACAAUGUUUAGUUUGUAGUAUUUUUCCAGAACACCGUUAGAGGAUCUCCCUAGUGACAGAAGACAAGCUUAAGAUCCUCAAGAUAUGAAAGGUAAAACAUGGGGUAAGGGUUUCUCCAAGAUGUGGAAACAUGGUAUAGAAUUAGAAAUGAAGAGCCAGCUAUGGAAACAUCACAAACUCUUAGCUAGAACUCCACAGUCUUCAGUUUCAUGAUGUACAUGGGAGAAAUAUGUGUUUUAGUUUGUUAUGGAGUUGGAGUUGCAUUGCUAUUCCCAUUACUAAGCUUGGGAUAACUUAAAAAGAGCCAGAUUUCUGAAAGAAAUCUGAAGAGACUGGAAUAUUUUUUGAUGCCAUUGCUAUAAAGGUCAGCUUGGUAAAUGUGUGUCCGUUAGCUACUUAGCAAUUCCACUUUACAUGCUACGUACAUAAUAUUAGCGAUUGUGUCCAACGUUGUGACAUUGGAAAUUGUACAAUGUUCCAUUUUCAUGUCUGUAAACAUCAAAUAAUUAAAAAAAAAACAUUUCAUUGUCAUGGACUUGAGGGAGCUUCUCAACUGCUCUUUGUCACUUUGUCAUGGACUUGAGGAAGCUUCUCAACUUCUCAGCCCUUCUAUUCAACCCUACUUCCUUUAAUGCUAAUGGUUAAUGUGUUAGCCUGAAACUCUGUACCGGGGAUUUGGAUCAUGCUGAUUUAUGACUUAAGCAGAACGGAGUAAUUCUUUUUAAUCGCAGGUCAAUGGUUAUAGGAUAUGCAUUGUAUAAUCAUCAUAUAUACGAUCUUUUGGGUCUAUGUGAUGGAAUCAUCUUUCUGGAACUCAUUAGCAUCAGAAACCCAAGUGACCACCAAUACAAAAGCAAGAGGUUUGAAGCCGUAACCUAAACAUAUGAAAACUAAUA